CAUCACCAUAUGCACUACAUAACCAGCCAUCCCGUAACAACAGACACAUCCAGUAUCCAAGGAUCCAGCAACCCAAGAAUCAAGGAUAAGACAUUGUUCCUUGGGCGUAGCAUAUCAACCUUCAAAUCUAGCCUAAAUUGACUUGCAAACCCGAUUUUAACAAUGCCGGACAAAGACGCUGCUGAGCCUUUCUACAUUCGCUACUAUUCUGGGCAUUCUGGUCGGUUUGGCCAUGAAUUCUUAGAGUUCGAUUUCCGCGUCCUUGGUGACGGACGAAGCGCCUCUGCUCGAUAUGCCAACAAUUCAAACUACCGAAAUGAUUCUCUCAUUCGCAAAGAGAUGUGCGUGAGUGAUCUCAUGAUCUCGGAGAUCAAGCGAAUCAUCAAGGAGAGCGAGAUCAUGAAGGAAGACGACACCAAGUGGCCACAGAAGAAUAAGGAUGGCAGGCAGGAAUUGGAGAUUCGCAUUGGAAAUGACCAUAUCUCAUUUGAAACUGCAAAGAUCGGUUCCCUUGUGGACGUCACCGAGUCUGCGGACCCCGAAGGCCUUCGUGUGUUCUACUACCUCGUCCAAGAUUUAAAGACUCUGGUCUUCUCUCUCAUUUCCCUACACUUCAAGAUCAAACCGAUUUGAAUGACCGGUCCGAUGAAAGCUUCUUGAGCAAAACCCCCAGAGCCCGUACCACACGGUGCCUUUCCAGGCCUCCAUUCGUGGUAAAAGGAGGCCAUUGCGUUCGCAAUCGGCGCGAGCAUUUCAAUAACCUGGACGGAUUGGGUGCAGUUUCUAUCCUGCCUCGUUCUGAACGCGUGGCGGAUUGCAUGAUCACUUUACUCAACCCUCCGAUGGUCGUCGUGUAUCUCCAGUUUUAGUCGCACCGUACCAACUAGAGUGCAGAGAGAUUGAAUAAAAUUUACUUACUUUGUAUACAUG